CGUGGGUGUAAAACAAAAGAAUCGUUUGUUAUAAACGUCCAAUCUAUUCCAUUAUCAUUAAAAUAAAACAAGACUUGUGGGCUUUCUUUAAUCUUUUUGAUUAACCAUUGAGUGAUUAAUCACUCAACUUACGAACGGUUCGGCUACCUUUUAUUCAUUACCUUAGUGAUCGGCCACCUAUUGUAUUACAAGAGUCGACAUUGUCCAGGCGCACAAUAAGAAAUUAAUUUCUUUUCAAGACCCAAUAACAACUCAAGCGAAUAUCCACAGGUGGAAUGCUGCGUUAAACUUAAACCCUAACGCGGAUGUAAAACUGUGCAUUGUCUGUAUUCGGGUAGAGUGUGAUGUGGAUCAAAUCGUGUUGAACGCCUUUAAAACAUGUCCUAGCGAAACUGUUCGUGAACUAAAAAUAUAACGAAGUCAUAAGCCGCUAGGUAAACGAGGAAUCAUAACGGGAUUAGUAUUCAAUGACUGUCUAGAUGAUCGAGUCUAUUAUUUAAGCGUUGUGUACACGGUCGUCAGGCUAUGAACGAUAGUAGCGUUUCAACUGUGCGAUAGGGAAUACCGUUAUACAACAUUCAAGAUGGAACGAACGUAACAGUAGUAACGAAUCAAAAGAAUCAUUCUAUUUCCAUUCCAUGGCGUACAUGAAUAUCGUUCAUGGCUCGCGGGAAUCAAGACCUUUUAGUUAAGAAGAACAGUAAACUAGAAAGUUUUUUAAAACGUGCCAUAACAGAAGAGAAGUAUGAAAGAAUACGAGCUUACGAAUCUUGUAUUGUCGUAUCGGAGAAAGACAACAAAGCCUUCAAGUUUGUGAUUCUUGGAGACGACAGUAUUUUUCUAGCAGAAAAUCCCCCAAAAGCCGUACAAGAAGCUGUUCACUUGAAAGAUGUGGUUUCGGUGGAAUUGGUCAACGAUUAUCCUGAAUUUCUCAGUGGAAGUGAACGAGAAAAUACCCAACACCUGGCGAUCACACAUUUAACUUCCGAAGCUAAGAGGCGAUCUUUUCGACGUUCUAAAAAAUCACAACGGAAUGGUUCAUUAACAGAACUUAAUAUUGACAGAUCGGAAGUCUCGACACCGGUCAGUUGCACAUCCUCUUUAGACGGUUCAGAGGAUUAUGGGUAUGUUACGAAUAGUUCUACGAGUCGACCCAAUAGUCGAAGUUCCGUCGCGUCUUCGAGAGAUACGAGAAAUGGCCAUACAAAGAAAAAGAAAAAACCGAUGAGUUUGAAUGAUAGUUUGGAACAUGAUAGUAUUUUACAAUCGUUAAAGGAAGAAAUCGAGGACCAGGUGGAGGAGAUUGAGGAGGAUCGUUUAUCGACCAUUCAAACAGAAAGUCGAAUUUUAAAUAAUAUCGACAGAGACAGCGUGUGUACAUCUCAAACGUCAGUAAGACAAUUACCUCCGAAUCCAAGAAAAGGUGCUUUUGAAACUUCUGAACCCCCUGCUAAAAAUGGCUCCUUUGAGAAUGAGGAUGAUGAUAUUCAAACUGGUUGUUGUUUAGUGAAAUUGUGGAAAAAAUUCCGUAAAAAUCGAAUUAAUCCAGGAGUUAAGACAGAUAACUCUUAUAGACCUAAAAGUAAUUUAUCAAAAAGUGAAAGUGUCACAGAAAUUCGUAAGCCUCCGGAUAUUGCUAUCGUAAGACAAGCAACUCUGAUACAGCCAUCUUCCCCAGCUCCCUCCUUUCAUCUUCUCCCACACGGAAUUCGUAGAUCGUCCGAUGUUUCGACAGGUCGGGGGUCAAGGUUAAGCACACCUGGUGAACGACAUAGGAGUACCUCUGGGUUAGCGUCCGAGUUCGGAGGAUCUAUAACGGGUCUCCAUCUUCUAUCAGCAGACGGUAUAACCGAUAAACGUAAAACUGUUCUCCAUAUAUAUCUAUUGAAUCUGACGUCACCGAUAUUAAUGUUAGUAAGAAGUGCCUGGAGUAAUUAUCUUAUUAGAUCAACUCUACAGAUAGAAACUAUUAGUAAUAUUCACCAGAAGUCAGCCGCUAUCCGGGCAUCACAGAAUCUCAGAGAGAAGACAGAUCUGCUGUUUAAUCAACUAAAGAGAGAAUUACUCAACCCUAAAAAUAACAUCGAUGAUAACUACAGACUCAUGAAUGAAUUGAAAGUAGCUACUGAAAAAAACUUUAUCUUAAAAAAAUUAUUCUGGAGGAAUUCUGAUAUGUUUUUAUUUUUGGUGAGGAAUUUACAGAAAUAUUUACCUAAAUCAGCUGUUAAUUUAGACAGUAUAGAUGGUAGACGAGAACGGGUGGAUGAAUUUGAAAUUGUGAUAUUAAUGGCAGAGAUUUUGAGUUUAAUGUUCCGAGAAUCAGAAAUUAUUCCUGAUAGAAUUCAAACAUUAAAAGCUGAAAGAGGUAAAGCUGUAUUGGAUAUGUUGAUGACCUUGACUUGUUUACCAGAAAUACCAAAUAAAUCCAGCAAACUUUCUAAAAUAAAGCCAACUGAUGAAGAGUUCACCAAAUUAUUAGAUGAGUAUACUCAAAUUUCUGUCACGGCCGUGUUCGAGUUAUUUCUGAUGGCUAGACAGGCAUCAUGGGGAUAUACUGAGGAUAAUUUCUUCAACAUCAGUUGGGUGGUGCGAAUAUUAGAAGAUUACAGAACCACGGAGAAGUUUGUAGAACGUGUGAUCCGUCAAGUCUUGGAUGUGAUUGGUCCAUCUCAGUAUGAUAUGUUGAGUCCGGAGGAGUCUAUCUGUCUGUAUCAACAUUUUACUGUAUUGUUGACGUUUCUGGAAUACAGUCCACGUGUUACAGCCUUUAUAUAUAAUAGUUAUAUAGAGGAAUUCAAAUACUAUAUCCACCAUAAAAAUGUUGCCAAAAAACUGCCUUCAAGUUUUCCUAUAACCCAGAUGACUCUCAGUAUUGCUGAUGCCGUCAUCAAUAAAGUUCGCAAUGCUGGUAUUACGCUCAACAAAACCCCAAGAUAAUCUCGGGGUCCAAAUUAUACUCUCAUUACCAUCAACACGGGUCACGCUGGUAUUAUGCUCAACAAAACUCCAAGAUAAUCUAUUAUGCUCAACAAAACUCCAAGAUAAUCUAUUACGCUCAACAAAACUCCAAGAUAAUCUAUUACGCUCAACAAAACUCCAAGAUAAUUUAUUACGCUCAACAAAACUCCAAGAUAAUCUUGGGGUCCAAAUUAAACUUUCAUUACCAUCAACACAGUAUACUUAUGGAAAACAGCUACUAGUGUAUUAUAAGCCACACGCUGGUAUUACGCUCAACAAAACUCCAAGAUAAUCUUGGGGUCCAAAUUAAACUUUCAUUACCAUCAACACAGUAUACUUAUGGAAAACAGCUACUAGUGUAUUAUAAGCCACACGCUGGUAUUACGCUCAACAAAACUCCAAGAUAAUCUCGGGGUCCAAAUUAAACUUUCAUUACCAUCAACACAGUAUACUUAUGGAAAACAGCUACUAGUGUAUUAUAAGCCACACGCUGGUAUUACGCUCAACAAAACUCCAAGAUAAUCUCGGGGUCCAAAUUAAACUUUCAUUACCAUCAACACAGUAUACUUAUGGAAAACAGCUACUAGUGUAUUAUAAGCCACACGCUGGUAUUACGCUCAACAAAACUCCAAGAUAAUCUCGGGGUCCAAAUUAAACUUUCAUUACCAUCAACACAGUAUACUUAUGGAAAACAGCUACUAGUGUAUUAUAAGCCACACGCUGGUAUUACGCUCAACAAGACUCCAAGAUAAUCUCGAUGUUGAAAUUAUACUCUCAUACCAUCAACACAGUGAAAUGAUCGUGUCUGAAGUUAAAAAAAACCAAAAACACAUAUUUAUGGAAAACAGCUACUAGAUUAUUGUAAGGUGAGGUUUCGAAGAGAAUGAGUAUUCUCGCAAAGUUAUCAAUCUAAUACAGCAAUAUGAGGCAAAUAUAUAGACAAAAUAUAAUAACAUAACCAAAAACAUAAAUGACAACAAGAUCAAAAGCCUGUUGUCAUGUAUGGUUUUGGUUAUUUUGUUUAUAUAUUUGGCGGGGAGUGGAUGGCUGAAUGGUUAGCGUGUGUGCGCUGUAUCAUUAGAUCUGUCAUUGAGUCAACUCCCCCCGGAAAUGGAUGCUCAGUGCCAUCAACCCCUCUGGGUUACAUCUAAUUCAUAAGGCCAACUUCAAGUUUGGUCAAAGGUCACAAGAUGUAAGCAGGACUAGCACUAAUCCCAAAUGCUUACCCUAACCUUAACCUACAAUCUCGCCAACAAUCACAUGCUCUAACCUUUUUUCCUUAUUUACAUCUCAGCAACCUUGCCGAAAAUUGGGCUAGCCUUAACAAAUAGAUUUAUCCCCCCUCCCCCCCUCUGAGCCUUUCUCUACAUAAUGUCCCUACUGAUAGUAUUGUGAAAUUCAUGGAUUUUUGUUUAUUGUGAAUACAAUUAUGAUGUAAUAAACUGAAGAUGCUCUAACAUAUAUUAAUGUGCCAAUUUCUAUUGUAGUAGCUAAUCAUGACAUUUGCUCAGCUUAUUGUUAUGUAAGAACAUGACAUUUUAUAUUUUUUGAUUUUAUAAUCGGGAUCACCAUCCUUGUUCGAAUGAAAUGAAAAGAGGUGUAAGCAUUCUUGUCAAGCCAAGUUCAACUAUGAAACUAUGAAAUGAAAUGAAAUGGGGUUUAACAUCCUACUGUUCUGCUCCUACUAGGCUAAUGAAGACGGGCAUGCACCAUACAGCAUGCAGUGUGCUAUAAGGUUGUUAUUAUGAUGAAAUGUUGAUUGGUUUUGACUUGUAACUUAAGGCUUUAAUUAUGGUCAAAUGUUGAUGGCUUCUGACUUGUAACUUAAGGCUUUAAUGAUAGCCUCUGACUUGUAACUUAAGGCUUUAAUUAUGAUGAAAUGUUGAUUGCUUCUGACUUGUAACUUAAGGCUUUAAUUAUGAUGAAAUGUUGAUAGCCUCUGAUUUGUAACUUAACUUAAGGCUAUAAUUAUGAUGAGAUGUUGAUUGCUUCUGACUGCUGUAACUAUAGUAACCAAAAGCUUUAAUUGUUAUAAAUUGUUGAUAAUUGCUGAUAA